UCUUAAGCACAUAUAGUCAGUUCACAUCGACAAGACUGAUGAUCAUGUGUGCAUGGCUGUCGUGAAGUCAUGCAGUGGAAAACAGUGGUAUUAACAAUUUUAAUAGUGAGUUUGUGCUUUUUUGCUGUGCCUAUUAGAAUUGGUCCAAAUACUUCAGAUCAAGAAUUAAAAUUAUUCAAAUCAUAUGUCGUGCGUUUUAAUAAAAGUUAUAGACACAAUCCCGAUGAGUACGAUAAGAGAUUCUACAGAUUUCAGAAAUCGUUGCGACACAUCAAUAAAAUGAAUGAUUUGAGAACAUCAGUGAACAGUGCAUAUUAUGGUUUAACUCAAUUUUCGGAUUUGAGUGAGGAAGAAUUUAUGAAAUUACAUUUACGACCGGAUAUAUCGGUGAGAAGUGCAAAACAUGUAAUUAGUCCACAUUAUCAUUCGCAUCGCUCGGAUGAAUCAAUUUCACAAUCGAGAGUCACUCAACGAUUGAAAAGAGCUUUAAAUAAUGAAAUUCCAAUAAAAUUCGAUUGGAGAAUGAAAAAUUUGAUAACACCUGUAAAAGCUCAGGGUUCCUGUGGAGCAUGCUGGGCUUUCAGUACAAUUGAGGUUGCUGAAACGAUGUUUGCCUUGAAAAAUGGAACACUCCAUUCUUUCAGUGUUCAAGAGAUGAUUGACUGUGCGGAAAAUGGUAAUUUUGGUUGUGACGGUGGUGAUAUUUGCAGUCUUCUCAGUUGGUUGAUUAAGAAAAAAGUGGAAAUUUUUCCGGAAGUGUCAUAUCCACUUACAAGAAGAACCGAACAAUGUAAAUUUAAUAAAACCGUUUCAAAAAAUGAGGGAAUAAAAAUUUCCGAGUUCACGUGCGAUAAUUUUGUGGGUGCUGAGGAGGAACUAUUGAAUUCAAUUGCAACACAUGGUCCAGUUGCAGCAGCAGUCAAUGCCCUAUCAUGGCAAAAUUAUCUCGGCGGUGUGAUUCAAUUUCACUGCGACGGUGCUUUCAGCAAUUUAAAUCAUGCAGUGCAAAUCGUGGGAUAUGACAAUUCAGCACCAACACCUUAUUACAUUGUGAGAAAUUCUUGGAGUACAUUUUUCGGUGACAUGGGCUAUUUGUAUAUUGCCAUUGGAAAUAAUAUGUGUGGAAUUGCAAAUCAAGUUUCUUCGAUUGAUGUGAUUUAAAAGGAGAGAAAUGAAAAUUAGAAAGAAGAGUGAGAAAAACUGUUUGUUUUUUUUUUUUUUUUGACGAAAGAAAAA